UAAAACACCUAUUGUGGAAGGGACAAUAUGGCGAUCAAAAUUUUAUAGAAAACAACAAAUGUCAUCCGUGCAAGAAAGAAAAACAUCAACUGCUGUACACGCCAAUGAUUCUUGUACGCGGCCUUUUGGUACCUUUGACAACAUUUAGAGCCUAUCAAAAACUGGAAUUUCCUUCCUUCUCCCCCUCCUAUAUGCGCUCGAUUACGGGCGCAAUUUGUACGCUCGAAAAUACAAAUUCAAUCGCAUUUGAUCUCGGCAGAAGGCCUCCGAGGGAAGUCGCCUGGAUUUCAGUCCCCUAUGAGAGGCAAACUCACCGCCAUUUGGCGCUGAAAACUCCUUGGCCUCAAUGUCAUUUAACUUGACUGAGUUCCCUACAUGUGGGGUUGGUGGGAUUCCUGGGAUGCUUUACGAAGGGUGUUGUAGACUAUUAUUUGCCAACUUCACAGGGCUUUCUGUGGGUGUGAGUCGCCGAAAGACGCGGCCGUUGAUCCCCACGAUGUGUCUUGUUAAUCCCUAUUAUUCUGGUUUAGCAGUUCGUCACGACUAAAAAUAAAAGGCGCCUGUUCGAUUCGUUCACCCGUGCGAUCCAAAA